ACGCCGCUCGCCCCCGAAUUUCCGAUGGGAGCGGCGGCCGCGCACCACGAAUAACCAACCAUGGAGCCCCCCACCGUCCCCAAUUACCCGCCCCCCGCUUCUGCGCCCGUUAGCCCCCACGCGCACGCACGCCGGACUGAUUCUUCCCCGCGAGGCCGUCAGACUCAGACUGGCCGACCGACCCCGCCGCUAGACUCGUGAGCGCGACGUGGCUCAGGUCCGCAUGGAGCCGGCGGCGAAGAAGUGGCACGGGAAGGGGCUCCUGACGCGCGCGCUGCUCCUCGGCGUCGCCGCGCUCGCGCUGCGCCUGCUGUACGGGGCGUUCGUGACCGUGGGCGGCGGGUGGGCGCCCGACCCGGCCGUGCCGUCCACCGCGGCGGUCGGGAGGAGGACCCACGCGCAGGCCGCGGCGGCCGCCGGGUCGCCGGAGGCGUGGCGCAGCCACGGGUGGCGCCUGGCGGUGGAGUUCCACGCCGAGGUCCUCGGGCGGCACCUCGCCGACGGCCUCCUCGCGCCGUCCUCCCGCGCCGUGUGCCUCGGCGGGGCCCAGCAGGCGCUCGCGCUGCGGGAGCUCGGCGUGGCCGGGGCCGUCGCCGUCGCCAGGAGGCGCUCCCCGCCGCUCGCCGUCGCCGGGGACGACCGCCGCCUGCCGUUCGAGCCCUCCUCCGUCGACUUCGUCUUCGCAGGCCGCGCCCUCGACUCGUCCAAGCGCCCGGCCGACCUCGCCGGCGAGGCCGCGCGGAUCUUGAGGCCGGAGGGCCACCUCGUCGUGCUCACCUCCAGCGCCGCCGACGCCUACAGCCUCCGCUCGCUUCAGGCGCUCUUCCCGUCGCUGCGGCUGGCCCGAUCCCGCGAGAUCAACUGCCCCGACGCGUCCACCCUCCGUGAACUGGUCUUCCAGAAGCUUCAGCCUACUACGGCGUCCACCUCCACUGAAAAUUCAGCCAACAACUGCACAAUUGGGGAUCACAAGAUGGAGCUCCUGUCGCACGCGGAGCCGCUGAUCCUGGAAGAGCCUCUCAAGCCAUGGCUGACGCUGAAGCGAAACAUCCAGAACAUCAAGUACCUUCCAGAGCUCGCCGACAUCAGCUUCAAGCGCCGGUACGUGUACGUUGAUCUCGGCUCGCGCAGCUACGGAUCCAGCAUCGGCAGCUGGUUCCGGAAGCAGUACCCCAAGCAGAACCACACCUUCGAGGUGUUCGCCAUCGAGGCCGACCCGACGUUCCACCCUGAUUACGCCACAAGGAAGGGGGUCACAUUGCUUCCCUAUGCCGCCUGGGUCAAGAAUGACACGCUCAGCUUCGAGAUCAAUGGCGACCCUGGGAAGGAGGAUGAGGCUAAGGCCAGUGGCCGUGGCAUGGGGCGCAUCCGCCCCACGGCCGGCAAGAAGAUGUCCGGCAAGGUGCGCAGCGUGCAGGCAUUUGAUUUCGCCGAGUGGCUGAAGCAGACGGUAUCGGAGCAGGACUACGUGGUGAUGAAGAUGGAUGUGGAGGGGACUGAGUUUGACUUGAUCCCGAGGCUCUUCGACACGGGCGCGAUCUGCUUGGUCGACGAGGUGUUCCUCGAGUGCCAUUACAACCGGUGGCAAAGGUGCUGCCCUGGCGAGCGGUCGCCCAAGUAUCAGAACACAUACGAGGAGUGCCUGGAGCUCUUCAGCUCGCUCCGGGAGAGCGGCGUUCUUGUGCAUCAGUGGUUUUGAUUGCUGCCAUACACAUUCAGAGUUGCUGCAGAUAGGGUUCGACUACAGAGGACAAAAGGGUUUCAUACUUCCAGUACAUGUUUGAUUUCCAAAGUAUAUUAGUUUCAUUGUGAAGAUAGAUAGAGAUUAAGGGAUUUGGUCUAUUCUCUGUUGGUUAGUUAGUUAGACCUUGUAGUUAAAAGAAGAUUUGAGGAAAAGAAAGGAAGCGUUUAACUGCAUUCCCAGUAAAAUUCUGCGGAUUGCUAUUGUUACUGUUAUUGAGCAAAGGAAUUAAAUCAAUUUAGAUUCAUUCGAUUGGUGAAUUGCCGAAACUAUGUUCA